AUGGCCCAGUUGGAAAACUGCAUCUUGUUGGAACUCUGGGAAACUGUCCUUGAACGAUUCCCCAAGACAUUCAUGCAGUUGCAAAGUGCCGAUCUGGAUCUCGAUGAAGCUGUCGCGCACUUGGAAUCUUUGAUGAAUUAUACAACAACUCUCACAGAUUCGUUUCAUGAUUUUGAAGAAAAGGUAAGAUUACGCUCAAGGUCAAAAUCUUACAAAACAGAGGUGGGUCGAAAACGGGCUGGAAGUGUAAGACUGACUUUAAAUGAUGGUGCAGCUGAAAAAGCAGAAUUCACUCCGAGCGUUCGUUUCAGAGUUGAAGUGUGUUUGUCUAUUCCGGACAAGCAGCUUUCCCUAACUCAACAAGCGCGUCUACAAGCAUAGCUAUGCCAAACUGUCGCAUAAGUUUGGAUUUCUUCACAAUGUCUAGAAACAGCUGAAAGAUGGAGCGGACAAUUUGGUACAGCAAUAUCCAUAUGAUUUGGAGACAUCUCUCGCAGAAGAGCUGGUCCAUUUUCGUGAACAUUUCAAGGGAAAGAAUCUACCUCGCAAGGAAGAUGCGUUAGAUGACUCAGAUGAAGCCGUAAGCGUUGAGCUUCAAAUGUACCGUAUUCAUGCGAAAAGAGAAAUCGACGAAGUUUUCCCAACGUCGAUAUUGCCCUGCGAAUUUAUUUGA